AUGCGUGCGAUCAACUUUGAUCCGAAUAAAAUCAAAAGGGAGUUGGCUGAUGCGCAGACCACAGAAGCAGAAAGCCCCACUUUGGUGGUCACUCGAGCCGCAUCAAUGUUUCCGGAUCCAAUAAAAUUGGCCAGUCUUGUUGACGAAGCAACAGAGAGAGCAAAUGGUACCAUAUACAACAGUGACACCAAACUUGAAAGGGCCGAUUGGGUAGCCAGCGCCUCUGUACCGAAAUAG